AUGAAAUGCUUUGCUUGUGAUGAUGAGAAGCAAAAGGAAAUCUGUUCUAGUGCUGAAAGAGAAUGCUGUUUUUGGCCUAUUCUAAUUUGUAUUGAUAUUCCUUAUAAUCUUUAUGUCACACUUAGAUUCUUCAUGAAUAUAUUUUGGCUCGCAUUCUUUGGUCCAUAUUUGAUUUAUAUCUUCAUUUACGCAUAUCCAAGUUUGAAUGAUGAUGAAAAAGAGCUUGAGAAGAAAUUAGUUUAUCUCCAAAAUGUCAAAGUUAAUGAUUACGAAGGAGAACGUAAAGCAAUCAAAAAGAUGAAUAAAGAAGAGAAAAAGAAGGAGAAGAAAGAAAUGAAGAAACAAAAUAAACAAAAGGAAAAUUAUCAACCUCCUCAAAACAAUCAACAACAAAUUCCUCAACAGCAACAACAAGCUCAGUAUUAUUAUCCUCAAUAUCAGUAUCAAUAUCAACAACAACAACAACCUGUUAAUGCCAAUGGUCAGAAUCAACAAUAUCAAUACAAUUAUCAAUAUCCAUACCAAUAUCAACAACCUCCAGUUCAAGGUCAAUAUCCAUAUCAAGUUCCUCCUCAAUCUCAAAAUCCUCAAUCACAAACACAACCUCCAAAUCCACAACAAAAUGGUCAAUUCCAAGGAAACUAUCAAUAUCCACAAUAUUAUCAAUACUCAUCACCUCCACAAGUUCCUCCUCAAUCACAAUCACCACAACAACCACAACAACCACAAAUUCCUCCUCAAGUACCUCCACAAUCACAAUCACAACCUCAUUCACCUUCUGAUCAAAAUCAUUCUAAUGAUGACAAACCUGCUGAAGUUUGA